AUGGGGGAAGCACUCACAAAAUUGGUAGAUAAACAUCCCAACCGGUGGUCUCAACACCUACCUGACGUACAACUAGCAUACAACACAGCAGUUCAUACAAGUACAGGAGUUUCGCCGUACAAACUAGUUUUCAAGGAGCACCCGCGAUCAAAAUUCGAAAUUAUAACAGAGAAGAUAUCACCAGCAACGGUUAGAGAGAAAACGGAACGACUGCGCGAGACUGUUAGUGAGGUAUUCCAAAAAGCACAAGAGUCCGAUGCCAAGUUAGCGGAAAAACGCAGAGAACG